AUAAUGGAAGUUAAUGAUUGACGGAGAGGUUUAUGUGCAAGCAAAAGCUAGCUAGCUAGUUGAUGUGAGAGUGGAGAUGAUGCUUCCCCCAGAUAACUUCUUCCUCUCUGCUCCAUUAUAUUGAUUGGCGGCAAGGUCUUCCUCUCUCGCCUUCUUUAGUUGUUAUCGUUUCCCAUAAUUGGGCAAGUCAACUGAGUGGUUACUCCGGCUGAUCCGCCGUCGUCCACCGCCGCUCCCAUGGCGUCCUCCUCCUCGCAGGCCAAGAACCUCCGCGGCGGCCAAGAAGGGACGGCGGCGCGCGUUCGUCGCGAACGCGCGCCGCCGGAGCGCUCGGCCUCGUUCCACCACGGGACCGCCGCGGCGCCGGAGCACCGCCAGAUGCGGCGGCCCAAAACGCAGCCAGAGCUUCUCGUCCUCCGCGGCGGCGCCACGGCGCCGUCUUCCUCACCGCGGCGUGUGCCGGCGAAGGUGCUGGUGAACGUGACGGUGCAGCGGAGCCUGGGCCCCGUGCAGGUGGUGGCGUCCACCGACUGGACCGUCGGCGAGCUGGCGGCCGCGGCGCUGGGGCGGUACGUCAGGGAGGGUAGGAGGGCGCCGCUGCCCGCCGCUGGCGACCCCUCGGCGUUCGAACUCCAUUACUCCCAGUUCAGCCUCGAAUGUCUGGAUCCCGAAGAAAAGCUGAUCGAUUUGGGAUCGAGGAACUUCUUCCUGUGCCUCAAGCCUGAUCUUGUUUCCGGAACCAUGGAAUCAAACUCCUCCUCUGCGACGGCGGGUUCCUGCUCGAAGCAAGCGGAGAAGGCGACGAAGAUCUCCUGGUUAAGUUUCAUAGAUUGCUUGCUAUGAUUAGCAAGAUUCGUUCUCGUACGGACAAUUGUUAGACUAUCAUGCCGUGUCUUUUGAGCAUGUAUAUGGUCCAUAUAUAGUUGUCGUGUCGAGUAAGAUUUUUUGCAGUUUUUAGUAGAUAAAUCACGUGUUUCUUAAGCUUCGAAUACAUCUAUGGAUCUUGAUGUAAUGUAAUUUUCUGUUAUGAUCUAAGUAAUCUAUGUGUUUGGUAAGAGAGUUAAGUUACUCUCUUAUUUAGUUGUUUA